CAAUCGCCAAUACAAUACACACAGCUGACACAGCAUAAAAAACGCGUUUGCUUGGCGUACGAACGAACGAACGAGGCUGCACAAGAAGAUUUUCGACGCCUCAGCGCUGUAGUCGUGGUGUUGUUUUCGGUCGUCGCGUUGUGAACUGGUGUGCGUACAAGAACCGCGCGCGCGUGAGAGUACAUGAUUCCGACAGCGAGAUUUAAACCAGACAACUUUCAACAAGCUACGGCGUCCGUCGAACAAGACGACGACGGCAUGGAAGUGGACACGGUUGCACCGGAUUUUGGCGGCGGACCAAGUGGCAGCAGUGGAGCGGCGGUGGCCGGAUCGUCCUCCUGGAUGGUGAUGCCCCGCGUUGACGACUCCAACACCCACUGGCACAGCAAACCACCGAUGGAAAGGUUCAUCGGCAUUCUGGACCAGCUGGACUCGAAGGUGGAAAAGCUACGGAAGGAAGCGCUGGUGCUGCAGGAAAAGAAAGAUUUCCUCGCAAUGUCGGUGGACCUGUUGCGGAACAACGAGUACCUGACGGGGCUGGACGAAAACGAACGCGAGGAGAUCAACUGCUACGUCCAGCGGAUAAGCGGCCGCCUGUCGACGGUCGAGCUGAGCGUGUGCACCGUGCGGGACCGCGCCCAGGAGGACUCGCUGCACCACGUCAACAGCCUGAUCGACGCCGUCAUUUCCGGCCCCGACUCGGUCCUGUCGCGGAUGCGCUGCCAGCAGUUUCUGAACGCGUGCAGCACGUCCGACAGCUCGGCCAGCUACUCCGAGCUGCUCGAUCCCACCAUGUGUUCCGACAAAAAGUUCGAGUCUGCCCUGCUUGGCUGCACCCUGGACGACCAGAAGACGAUCAAGAAGCGGUUGCAAGCGCUGCUCACCUACCUUACCCAGCAGACCGUCGUUCAGUGAGAGGGGGUUUAUUUUUGUGUACCGGAAUUUGAGGUUUUUUUUUUUGGUUAGCUUGUAAGAGUGCCCCACUAUUUCAUUAACUUAAGUCGUCAAAGACGACUUUGCUAAAUCUUCAGCCUGAUUACUUAAAAGAUUUCAUUCUGCUGUUUAGGAAUGUGCCAUUCUAGAGCAUGUCGCGCGAAUCGGUCCCAGAAUCUUACAGAACUAGGAAUGUUAAUUUUAGAGGUAGAAACAGAAACAGAAUAACAAGUUCCAAGUGUUGCUUCCCUGCGUGUACCAGUUUCGAGAGUGUCAUUUGUAUUUACCACAUCCUGCCGAUUACCAAGCAUUGUACUGAAUUUUACGUGCCUGCACUGCAAAACUUUCCCCGGGGGGCAGUGAUACCGAGUCGAAGCAAACCAGCAAGAAAUGCAAUAAACUUAGCUUCAAUGUAAA